AUGAAAGCACAAGGCAGCAGUCAGCGCACAUCUGGCAUACUUGCACCGCGCGACCCUCGGCCAAAUGUUGACGACAUCACCUGUGAAUAUAAGAAUCUCCUAGGUAUCAGUCGACCUCCGAACUUUGCCAAGUCCAGAACACAACCUGAACUGCGGAACGCUGAAACAAUGCAUACCAACCACUCAUACGCUGCCCAUGGUCCCGAGUUACCUGUGGCGGCCCCGAGAGUACUGGACGCACAUAACGGUCCCGUCUAUGCAGGAACAAAGCAUCCGUGGUUGCUUUCUGCAAAAACGCAAACAUACCCGCAAACGAUAGCAACGUGCGACUCAACGGCAUCCAAAUGCCGCCUCUCCCCCGCCAGCAGCUUGAUGUAUGGCAAUCUCUCAUCCACGCCAUUACCUGGCGGACUAGAUGCACAAGGUCUCGCGGGCAUUCUGCAAGAACUCAACCAAUACCCACAGCGUCACAACCGAGACAACACCACCUCUGAAAACCUCCCAGCUCACCCGCAUCCUACACAAGACAUUGCCGGUCUCCAAAAGCCAUACCAAAAACGUCUUGGGAGUUCCGAGCUGAGCAACCCCGACUCGAUAGUCAGCAAUGUCGCACAACACCCUUCGUCAGCAGCCCUCGAAACACCAAAUAUCAACUCACAUGGCACCCACCCACCAUCCGCCAGACGAAAACACCCCUCGGCUGGAACCCAUCAACCGGCGUUACAGACGGCGAGCUUCAAGCCAGACGUUGUAUACCGCCAGCCCCAGCCCUUCAUCGGCAAGCUGGCCCUCCCCGAGGCACACCGUGCGCCGACGUAUGCAGCGCAGUUGUCGACCGGCCGUGCGCGGAAACGGACGGCGGAUCGUCCUGAUAUUCGAGCAUUGCCAAAUCACGACCAGGACCCAAUCGAGUGA